AUGUCAUCUCCACCUCAAAGUAGUAAUAAUAACCAUACUAAUGGUCAACAGGAUUCACUUGAAAGAGAAUCUGAAUCCAUCUCACAGAGUCAACAACCUCCAAUUGUUUCAUCUCCAUUAUUUUUCAAUUCAUCUAAUCCAGGUUCAGAUAUCGGAUCCAAUAACUUCAACUCACAAAGUCAAAGAAGAAAUGAUAUUUCUUCUCCAUUACAUUAUACCUCAUCUGCACAACCAACAUCAGAUAUUGGUUUUGAUUCUCAAAGAUCUGCUAGAGUUCAAGAUGUGGGUAGAAUCAUGAGACGUGCCCAAAGAAGUGAUAUUCAAGAUAGUACUUCAUCUCCACUGCGUAACAGAAGAUAUUUUAAUCCAGUGAGAGGUGGUCCACAAACUCCUUCAAACUUGGGAUCUGCUACUUCACAACAAUACAGCACGGAUCCAGCCGAACCAAAUGAUGAGCCAGUAAGAGUCAUUUGGGGUACAAAUGUUUCCAUUCAAGAAUGUUCUAAUAUUUUCAGAGAAUUCUUAUUGUCCUUCAAGUAUAAAUAUAGAAGGGAUAUGGAAGGUGAACUUGUUGAGCCAGAGGACCAUGAGUUGUACUAUGUGAAUCAAUUGAAUACUAUUAUGGAAUUGGGAUUGACAAAUCUUAAUUUAGAUGCCAAAAAUUUGUUGUCUUAUCCAUCCACUAGAAAAUUAUACUAUCAGUUAAUUAACUAUCCGCAAGAAAUUAUUCCAAUUAUGGAUCACACCAUCAAGGAUUGUUUAAUUCAAAUUAUUAAUGAUUCAGGUACUACCAGUCCUGCAGAAUCAAAACUUGAUGAAAUUGAAACUAAUGUUUAUACCAUUCGUCCAUAUAAUGUUAACAUGGUUGAAAAGGGUAUUCGUGAAUUGAACCCUAAUGAUAUUGACAAAUUGGUUAGUGUUAAAGGUUUGACUUUGCGUUCUACAUCGAUUAUUCCGGACAUGAAAGUUGCCUUUUUCAGAUGUAAUGCAUGUGGUCACACUGUUGGUGUUGAAAUUGAUAGAGGGGUUAUUUCAGAACCAACUAAAUGUCCUAGAGAAGUUUGUGGUCAACGAAACUCAAUGGUACUUAUCCAUAACCGUUCUUCAUUUUCUGACAAACAAGUCAUCAAAUUACAAGAAACACCAGAUUUGGUUCCUGAUGGUCAAACUCCACACUCUAUUAACUUGUGUGUCUAUGACGAAUUGGUUGAUUCUUGUCGUGCUGGUGAUCGUGUUGAAGUUUGUGGUAUUUUCAGAUCCACCCCUGUCAGAGCCAAUCCAAGACAAAGAGCGUUGAAAAGUUUAUACAAAACUUAUUUGGAUAUUGUUCAUAUUAAGAAGAUUGACAAGAGGCGAUUGGGAGGUGAUAUUUCUACAUUGGAACAUGAAGUUGCUGAAAAGGAUCAAGAAGUUGAGCAAGUUAGAAAGAUAACUGCUGAAGAAAUUGAAAAGAUUAAAGAAAUCUCUGAACGUGAUGAUUUAUAUGAAGUUUUAGCCAGAUCAUUGGCUCCUUCUAUUUAUGAGAUGGAUGAUGUUAAGAAAGGGAUCUUGUUGCAGUUGUUUGGUGGUACCAAUAAAACUUUCAAGAAAGGUGGUAGAUAUAGAGGUGACAUCAAUGUGUUGUUGUGUGGUGAUCCAUCCACUUCGAAAUCUCAAAUCUUACAAUAUGUUCAUAAAAUCGCCCCAAGAGGGGUUUACACAUCUGGUAAAGGUUCUUCUGCCGUUGGUUUGACUGCUUAUAUCACCAGAGAUAUUGAUACCAAGCAAUUAGUUUUGGAAAGUGGUGCUCUUGUGUUAUCUGAUGGUGGUGUUUGUUGCAUUGAUGAAUUUGACAAAAUGAGUGAUGCUACAAGAUCGGUGCUACAUGAAGUUAUGGAACAACAAACUAUUUCUAUUGCUAAAGCUGGUAUUAUCACUACCUUAAAUGCUAGAACUUCUAUUUUGGCAUCGGCAAAUCCUAUCAAUUCGCGUUAUGAUCCAAACUUACCGGUUACUGCAAAUAUUGAUUUACCACCACCUUUAUUGUCGCGUUUUGAUUUGGUUUAUUUGAUUUUGGAUAAAGUUGACGAAACAAUUGAUAGACAAUUGGCUAGACAUUUGACUGAUAUGUAUUUGGAAGAUACUCCUGAAACUGUCAACACUAGUUAUGUUUUGCCGGUCGAUUUAUUGACCCUUUACAUCCAAUACGCUAAAGAAAACUAUAAUCCAGUUAUGACUGAAGAAGGUAAACAUGAAUUAGUGAGAGCAUAUGUUGAAAUGAGAAAAUUGGGUGAAGACGCUAGAUCUUCUGAAAAGAGAAUCACUGCCACUACUAGACAAUUGGAAUCCAUGAUUAGAUUAUCUGAAGCCCAUGCUAAAAUGAGAUUAUCUGAAAGAGUUGAAUUAAUUGAUGUUAAAGAAGCUGUUAGAUUGAUUAAAUCUGCAAUUAAAGAUUAUGCUACUGAUCCAGUCACUGGUAGAAUUGAUAUGGAUAUGAUUCAAACGGGUACUACUAAUCAACAAAGAAGAGUUCAAGAAGAUUUAGCUAAUGAAAUUUUAAAGAUCAUUGAUGAAAAUAACAACUUAAUUAGAUUCAAUGAUUUGAGUAUGAAAUUGAAUGAAAGAUCUUCUAUUAGAGUCGAAAAUCUGACUAUUAAUGAAACUUUAAAAAGAUUACAUCAAGAAGGUAAGAUUCUUGAAACUGGUGAUAGUCAUAGAAGAACAAUUAGAAAAAUUGCAAUUGUUUAG